AUGCAGACCAUAUCUAACAAUGAUGAUCCAACACGAAUGGGAAAUCUUCAACCUCAACAAAUAGCCCAUGUGAAUACAUUUAAAAAUUUGGGUACUCUACAGAUUGUGCUCGGCGGAAUAAUAGCAUUCCUUACUCUAGUGGAUUUAAUAGGAGUGGCUUUUAUGUUCGUAUAUCUCUUACCAACAUUAAUCUGCUCUGGAUGGCAGUACACGAAAGGGUGGUUUAUUCUAUCAUUUAUCAUUAGCGUAUUGUCUGUACCUGCCAUAAUAGUUGCAUUUGUGUCAGCUUCCUAUUGUUGCUGUUGUUGGGGAACACAAAGUCAGCAGAGGUGUCCUAGUGUGAGCCCUUCACAACCUGCACCUACAAAUCAAAUUCAGCCAACGAACAUGUUAUCAUUAAUCAAUACGACCGGAAAAACAGUACCGGAUCCUGAAGCUCAACAGUACAAUUCUGUUGGCGGAACUGAUCAAGAGUUUGGUUAUCCACAGAAUCCAAACGUCUCUAACUCUUAUCCACCAACAUAUAUAAACGCCUAA